AUGGUCCGUAUCAAGAUGAAGGCCAUCGGCGGACCCGGCAUGUGGCGGCGACUAGGGCUACCGAGACCCGUUCCCUCUGACAGCGACGACGAAGCAUGGGACACCACUCCACCAGUCACCACCAGCACCGAAACACCACCGGCUACUGGAGCUGCGACCGGACGCUCCGACUCACCGGACGUCCAGACUUAUCGCCGGCGCAAAAGGGCGACGAUGAUCGAGCUACCACCUUCCUCUUCCACAGUCGCAAUGGAAACCCAGGGGGGCGAAACGCCUCAAGAAGACACCCCUUCUGCUACCCUCGACCAGAAACGACCAAGAACGCAGUCACCACCUCCACCGCCGAGCCUAGAGCCAGAACCAGAAACUCCCAUUGCCACACAUCCCGCAGGUCACGAGGAAAAUGAUUUGCCCAGUGACAUGCCUAGUGACAUGCCCAGUGACAUGCCCAGUGACUUGCCCAGCGAUUUGCCCAAACCUUCAUGCCCAGAUCACAUCACUCAAGCCCUGACAUUCAACAAGGCUUCUGAGCGUACCCGGCUGGACAAAAUUUCAUCUCUACCCUAUCAUCCAGAUAAGUACAUACACCAUGGUACCCUUCUCUGCAUUGAGACUCCAUCACCAGGUCCCAUCACACCACGCCUUGAGCGUAUUUUCAGAAAGAGGCCAACUAGUCAACUCACCAACACCCAGCAGACAGCCCCCACAGAUGCCCCAGCGGAUGAGACAAUGGGGAAUAUACGACCAGGACCAGCACAUGGAGCACCUCCAGCAGCCCCCCAGCAGGAUGCCCAUCAGCCCCCUGAAGACGCAGCCCCCAACUAG